GGUGGGAUUUUUAGCUGAACCAUAAACGCUUCACUAUGUACCUCUCAGUGAAGCUUUUUCACCUCACAAUUUUCUGGUAGGAAAACCUAGUUCUCCACAUCUUCAGCUCAGUAGUCCUGUUUCUUUUUCUUUUUCUCAUACCAACUUUCUUCGUUAACUCCAAUUUCCUAUUUUAUUUGUCUGCCCUCGCUUCUCUCAAUACUCUUCUAUCAAAAUCAUCUCUUUGUUUCUGGUUCAUUAAGAACUUUGAUCGUAGGAUUGGCGGCUACUUGCGGAUCGCGUGGAGGUUUCCUUCUAUAAAGUUGUCUAGAUCUGCCGUUUCAGUUACGAACAUUGCUCAUUUCUCAUCUCAACGUAUUUGUGAUGUAAUCUACACGAGUUAUACUUUUUUUUGCUACUGAACCCUAACUUCCUGCUACCUCGGAGUAAAGGUUUGGGUUUGAGGAUUCCCUUGUGGAUUGCAUUACAGCCAAUCUUACAUUUGAAAUUUGCUUGUUGCAUGAUUUUAGAAAACUGAAGUCUGUGAUUAAUUGCCACCACUUGCCUUGGAUUCUGGCCAGAUGUUUGGGGUGUGUUUCUGGAGAGGUUGAAAGGUUGGUUAUUAGUGGCGAAAGGAUUAAUUGAUUUACUUGGUGGAUUUUGGAACUUUGAAGAAGUAUGCGGAAGAAUGGAAGUGCACACUCAGGAAGGCCUUUUAGUGAUAGAAGAUGGCUUCUUCCUUUCUUAGCAAGUUUAUUGGUCUCUGUUACUUUAUUUUUGGCGAUUGUAUUUGGGCUUUUCUCUCCUUAUAGCGUGGAUUCACAUACUUCAGAGAUUGCAUUGUUCGCUGGUAUGGAUGAUUCUGUUGGAUAUCCAGUUGAUUUGGAAAAUAAUAAGGAAGUAGAGAGGCUUUCUAUUGCGGAAAUUGAAGCACCGCGGAUUGCUUAUCUUCUCACUGGAACAAAGGGUGACAGCCAGCGAAUGAGGAGGACACUACAAGCUAUAUAUCAUCCAAGAAAUCAGUAUAUUCUUCAUCUUGAUCUUGAGGCUCCACCCCGGGAAAGGAUUGAGUUGGCAAUGUAUGUUAAGGGUGAUCCAGUGUUCAGCGUCGUUGAAAAUGUUCGUGUUAUUGCGAAAGGUAACCUAGUGACUUACAGGGGUCCUACGAUGAUUGCAUGUACUCUUCAUGCCAUUGCAAUCUUAUUGAAAGAGAGCUUGAAAUGGGAUUGGUUCAUAAACCUCAGUGCUUCUGAUUAUCCCUUAAUGACGCAAGAUGAUAUACUCCAUGUUUUUUCUUUUAUACCUAGAGAUCUCAAUUUUAUUGAGCACACUCAGAGUACAGGUUGGAAAGUGAACCAGAGGGCUAAGCCGAUCAUCAUUGAUCCUGGUUUAUAUUUGUCAAAGAAGUUUGAUGUUGUUGUCACUAGUGAACGACGAGAGCUGCCAACAUCUUUCAAAUUGUUCACAGGGUCAGCAUGGGUGAUGCUUUCCAGGGCCUUCCUGGAAUAUUGCAUAUGGGGUUGGGAAAGCCUACCAAGAACCAUUCUCAUGUAUUACGUCAACUUUAUCUCCUCCCCUGAAGGUUAUUUCCACACUGUCAUCUGCAACUCCGACAGCUUUCGUAGCACUGUAGUUGGCCAUGAUCUCCAUUACAUUGCAUGGGACAACCCUCCAAAGCAGCACCCCCGCACCCUCUCCAGGAAGGAUUUUAACGAAAUGGUGAAGAGCGGUGCUCCCUUCGCUCGAAAAUUCCCCAAGGACGACCCGGUCCUCGACAAGAUUGAUCGCGAGCUUCUCGGACGGACUGAAGGCCAUUUCACUCCUGGUGCUUGGUGCAUUGGAAAUGCAGAUGGUGGAGAGGAUCCUUGCUUAUCAAGGGGGAAUGAUUCAUUUUUUCAAUCUGGACCAGGCUCUGAGAGGUUGAGGGAGUUGAUAAAUAAGAUAACAGCAAAAGAAUUUAGAAGUGGGAGCUGCUCUUCCCUGAGGUAUGAUCAGAGUAAGAGGGAAUGGCUUGGAACUUGAUGUGCUUGAAUGUUGUUGCUUUCAGUUUUGCUACAGGAAUUAUUAUGAUACAUGUCACACAGCAUUUUUAUGUGAUAAACCAUCUUGUUAAUGAAAAAACAUCUUUGUUUUUUUGGUAA